AUGCCCAAAAAACUCCGAGCAAAGAAAGCGAAAUCCCAAACGCCUCUCGGAGGAAAAACAAUUCACCGUGAAAACUACACAAAACACCAUUCAAAUUCUUCCACAAAUCCAGACCGUGUUAUCAAAGGACGAAAACCUCACUCCUAUAGGUCAAAAUCCACCAUCAACCGUCUCAACCUUUACAACCAGAAGCCAGAUGAACAGCGCCGAGCUCUUCGCCCUGAUCUGCCUGCAAUGAUAGAGCCAGAUCGUCGUUGGUUUGGUAACACCAGAACGAUCAAACAAGAUGAGCUUGAGCUUUUCAGAAAUGAAGUCAGAGAAGCUACCUCAGACCCAUACUCCAUGCUUAUCAAGCCCAAUAAACUCCCUAUGGCUCUCAUUUCAGAGCCCAGUGAUAAGGCUAAACGUCCUCCUCUCCUAGAUGUCGAGUCCUUUGAAGAGACCUUUGGAUCCAAGGCUAGGCGAAAAAGACCAAAACUGCAAAAUUAUGACUUGUCAGCCAUGGUCGAAGAAAUUAAAAAUAAAGAAGAAGAGUAUGACGAAGAAAAAGACACCAACAUUGUGAACGAGUAUGGAGAGAAAGGAGAAUUAAAGGACAGAAGAUUGGAAAAAGGGCAAUCCAAAAGAAUCUGGGAAGAGCUUUAUAAGGUUUUGGACAGUUCUGAUGUAAUUUGCCAGGUGCUUGAUGUUAGGGACCCUAUGGGAACAAGAUGCCCACAUGUGGAAAAGCAACUGAAAAAGAAGCCAAACAAGCAUUUGUUCUUUGUGCUCAACAAAUGUGAUCUGGUGCCUACAUGGGUCACAACUUCUUGGGUUAAGCAUUUAUCGAAAGAAUAUCCUACAAUUGCUUUUCAUGCAUCAGUCACAAAUCCCUUUGGAAAAGCUGCCUUAAUCCAGCUCUUAAGGCAAUUUGAUACUUUCCACAAAGACAAAAAGAAUAUUAGUGUUGGGUUUAUCGGAUAUCCAAACGUAGGCAAAUCUUCAGUUAUUAAUACUUUAAGAUCGAAAGAAGUGUGUAAAGUGGCUCCAAUUCCAGGAGAAACUAAAGUUUGGCAAUAUAUCACCUUGACUAAAAGAAUUUAUUUGAUAGACUGUCCUGGAGUGGUCUAUGAUGUUGGAGAUUCUGAUGCUGAUUUAGUGCUAAAAGGUGUAAUCAGGCCAGAGAAAAUUGAAGAUCCAAGCAUUUAUAUAUCAAGUAUGCUACCAAGGGUGAAUAAAGAGCACUUACAAGGAUUAUAUGGGGUUCAAGAGUGGCAAGAUGCAGAAGAUUUCAUGACACAGAUGGCUCAGCAGUCUGGAAGAUUAUUAAAAGGAGGAGAGCCAGAUUUGAACACAAUUGCAAAGAUGUUACUUCAUGAUUGGCAAAGAGGGAAAAUCCCAUUUUUUGCUGAACCACCUUCUAAAGAAGAAGCUGCUCUUGAGAAAAAAUAA